CCGCCGGGGCGCCCGCGGGCAGAGCGCGGCCCCAGUCGACUGCGGGCUGCCUCCCGUGCGGCUGGGACGUUCGCGCUCCGUGCAGGGAAGUGGGUGCUGCAGACGUGGGCACCGCGCCCGCGUGGGGAGCGGCCCCCGGGGAGCCCGCGCCGGCAGGACUGAGGCCUAGCGCCGCGUGGCGACAGGUGUUCUCGGGCAUCCCUGUCACGUGACCGGGGAGCCCGGCGCGCCCAGCACCUGGAGGGGGCGGGGCUCGUGCAGGCCACACCUCCUCCGGUCCAGGACCUGAGGACGGGGGCGUGGCCAAAGAGGCGUACCUCGAGGGUCUCAGCUGGGGAGGGCCCGGGAAGGGUGCUGGGCACCCUCAAAUUAGGGGAGGAAUGGGGGAACACCCGCCCUCGUACUACUAUGGCAAUAAGAAAGAGGGUGGCGCCCCUGGGAACCGAGGCCCUGGAGGAGAUGGAGGCGUUAGGGAUGCCUGGGGGGAGCCCCAGAUUCGAGCUUGAAAGGAUGAAGGCAGGCAAAUGAGCUCAGAAGGCCUUGGGGUGUGGUCCUGGCCCGACUUCAGAUUGCGGUGGGCGAGCCCCUGCCCCUCUCUCGGUCCCCAGCCCUUCGCCCAUCUCCCCGGUCCUGGAGGGACCAACCAGGGUGCAAGGCCCCACAUCCCUGGUCUGCCACAGGAUGAGCCUCUUGGCCGCGGCCGGGCUGUGGGGCCCGCCCGGGCUGCUCCUGACCUUCGCCCUGCACCCGGCUCUGUGCUUGCGCCCAGCCCCGACCUCGGGGCCCCCGCACCGGGACUACUGCGUCCUGGGCGCCGGGCCCGCGGGCCUGCAGAUGGCCUACUUCCUGCAGCGGGCCGGGAGGGACUACGCGGUGUUUGAGCGCGCCCCGCGGCCCGGCAGCUUCUUCACGCGCUACCCACGCCACCGCAAGCUCAUCAGCAUCAACAAGCGGCACACGGGCAAGGCCAACGCCGAGUUCAACCUCCGCCACGACUGGAACUCUCUGCUCAGCCACGACCCCCGGCUGCUCUUCAGACACUACUCCAGCGCCUACUUCCCCGAUGCGGGCGACAUGGUGCGCUACCUGGAUGACUUCGCAGACAGGCUGGGGCUCCACGUGCUGUACAACACGACCAUUGCCCACGUCACUCUGAACAAGGAUCGGCAGGCCUGGAACGGCCAUUACUUCAUCCUGACGGACCAGAGGGGCCACGCACACCGGUGCAGCGUCCUUCUGGUAGCCACCGGUUUGUCGGUCCCCAACCAGGUUGACUUCCCGGGCUCCGAAUACACGGAGGGAUACGAGUCUGUGUCCGUGGACCCCAAGGACUUCGAGGGUCAGAAUGUGCUGAUCCUGGGGCGGGGGAACUCUGCCUUUGAGACAGCAGAGAACAUCUUGGGUGUCACCAACUUCAUCCACAUGCUGAGUCGCUCCCGCGUCCGGCUGUCCUGGGCCACCCACUAUGUUGGAGACCUCAGGGCCAUCAACAACGGCCUGCUGGACACCUACCAGCUGAAGUCCUUGGACGGGUUGCUGGAGUCCGACCUGACGGAUCUGGCCAUCGUGAAGGACCGUGAGGGCAAGUUCCGCGUCACCCUGAAGUUCUUCCUGGAGGAAGGCAACCAGAGCGCCGACGCCAUCACCCUCCCCCAGGACGACAAUGACAACUUCGCCAUGCGCGUGGCCUACGACCGGGUCAUCCGCUGCCUGGGCUGGAACUUCGACUUCUCCAUUUUCGACAAGUCCCUCCGACUGUCUUCUGGGGGUGAGUUCAGCAAGAAGUACCCGCUGGUGAAAGCUAGCUAUGAGUCCAAAGGAAGCCGGGGUCUCUUUGUCCUGGGUACCGCCAGCCACUCGGUGGAUUACCGGAAAUCGGCCGGGGGCUUCAUUCAUGGAUUCCGAUACACAGCGCGUGCCGUGCACCGCCUGCUGGAGCAUCGCCACCACAGCGUCGCCUGGCCCUCCACCGAGCACCCCAUCUCACAGCUGACGAGCUCCAUCGUCCGGCGCAUCAACGAGGCUUCUGGGCUCUACCAGAUGUUCGGCGUGCUGGCCGAUGUCGUCCUGCUGAAGGAGAACGCCACGGCGUUUGAGUACCUGGAGGAGCUCCCCGUGCAGAUGCUGGCCCAGCUGGAGACCAUCACAGGAAGGAGGGCCAGGCACGGGCUCUUCGUCAUCAACAUGGAGUAUGGCAGAAAUUUCUCUGGGCCCGACAAGGACGUCUUCUUUCAUGACCGGUCCGUGGGGCACACGGAAGACGCGUGGCAGUCCAACUUCCUCCACCCCGUCAUCUACUACUACAGGCACCUCCCCACUGAGCAGGAGGUGAGGUUCCGCCCUGCCGACUGGGCCCUGCCUCGGCCCACAGCCAUCCACCACAUCGUGGAAGAUUUCUUGACGGACUGGACCGCCCCGGUGGGGCAUAUCUUACCUCUGAGGCGCUUCCUGGAGAAUUGUUUGGACACCGAUCUGCGAAGCUUCUAUGCAGAGUCCUGCUUCCUGUUUGCCCUAACACACCAGAAGCUGCCUCCCUUCUGCCAGCAGGGGUACCUGAGAACACAGGGGCUCGUGGGAACUGAGAGCCUCCGGCGGCACCGAGAGGAGCGCAGGUUCCCGCAGGGCUAUGCCACCGUGGGCAGGCGCCGCGAGGACGGGGCCCCGGGGCCCGAGGGUGGCCCCCUGGCCCCAGGGCCUCCACUGCUCCAGCCCCACGACAGCAACAAGGAAGAGUUGUGACAGCCAGCCUUCUCCCACCCAGGCCCACAGCUGCGCCUCUGUCCCACCAUUGUGGUUGCCGAAGACCACUCAGAUUGUCACAGUGACCAAGAGAACACGCAGGGGGUAUGUCAAGGCUGAGGGAGGCCAGCCAGUGGUCUCCCCUCCGGUCUGGUGCCUGGGAGGC